AUGAGGACGGUUGGGUUGUUCUGUAUCAUUCUUCUCACUGGACUCGCCGCCGGCUUCGAAGGAAACUUGACGAAAGAAGUACGUCAAGUCGAUGGAGACGCCCCAGUUACUAUGCGCCAAGCCGAAAUGGCAAGCAAUGGAGUUCGCCAAGUUUACCCAGCAUCUCUUGUUGGUUACUACGCUUGGACAUGGCCAUACCCACCCACACCUGGCCUUUAUAGCGCGACCAUGUCUGUCGCUUUUAGCGGAUGGACAAAUGCCCGGACAGCGUUGGAUAGGAGCAAGAAGGUGUAUCCCACGCUGAAAGGGGAUAAGUACAUCGCGUUCGGAGGGGGAACCGAACCAGGAAGAUUCACACGAGCCGGCAUUACUAGCAUUAAUGCGGCAAUCUCCGGUGGACUUCUAUCCGGCUAUUCCGGAAUUGUGUACGACGUUGAGGCGGGGGACAGUGGUCUUCGUGGUGAUUUUGCCAGAUCGUUUGCUCUGGCAAAAUCGUAUGGGUUUUCAGUUGUCGUGACUGUGAGCCACUCCGCACCGUACGGAAUCGGGGAUGCUGGCACCCUGAUGGACUCGUUCUUAUCUUCACGCAACAUCGACUACAUCUCCCCGCAGCUGUACACGAGCGGAACGGAAUUCUCAAACGAUUACAGCAUUUCCAGCGGGUAUGGAUGGUACAAGUACCAGAAUUCCUACCCACGCGUGGUGGUCUCCAUCGUUCAUGCUAGGCUCUACGAUGAUGCCUUCAAAUAUUUCAGGAACAUCGGGAUUCCGUUGAGUGGGUACAUCCAAUGGGCGCAGUGA